AUGGAUAAGAUCAAUAUCGAUUUUUUGAAUUUUGAAACCAGAUUCAGCCAGGAAGCACAAAAUAGCAGAAUUGAGGAGGAAUUUUUUAUAGAAGAGACCAAAUACGACCAUAUUGCUGAAUUUCCUUUGAAGUCAGCUUUAAAUUUAGAUCUUGAUGAAAGCCUGAAUGGGUCAUGAAAUCAAAAAUUCCUUGAUUGUGAUACAGCUCCUAAUCAUUCCCGAAGGAAAAGAGGAAGAAAGCCGAUAUAGCUUUGAGCCUCUUUAGAUUGCGUGGGCGAAAACGAAUUAUUCCAACUAGUAGAGUUGGCUUGGCAAAGUAUAGCCGCAAUCAUCCUUACAAAUUGAAAAUAUAUUUGCAUUUUUCAGCUUGUAGAACUGUGUUGCUUGCCAAGCCAGCUCGACCAGCUAGAAGGCAUGCUAUAGCCUAGGGCAAUGGAAAUGAGGCGCUUGGCUAUAAGGCCCAAUGAUCCUAUCAAAAAGAAAACAGAAGAAAAGGACAAAUUCUGGCUUAGAAGCUUCCGCUCUUAUAUUUCCAAUAAUUACCAUCACUUCAAAACAAAACUCACUGCAGAAGACAACUCUUUUUGAGCAAGUUACGUGUCUUCAAAAGGUAAGCCAGAUAAAGGGAACAAGUUUUUAUCUUAUGGUCGCAAGUAUAAAAAUUAUUUAUUCUCCCAUCCUUCAUUUGUAAAAUACUUUCAAGAGUGAUUUAAAAAUUUCGGUGCACAAGAACUCUCGAGAAAAUGCCAGCCAGGCUCAGAUCUUUGGUUCGUUUUCUAUGACUAUGGCUCAAAUGACCUCUACAAUUAUUUUCCUCAUGACUCUACCGUAAAAGAAAGCUCUUCUACUUAUCAUAUAAGCUUCAGUCAAGAUGAAUUUCCAAGCAAUUGUACGGACAAUGAAGCAUUUAUUGAGUCCUUAUUUAAUCAAAUGUAA